CAGUUCAUCAUCCCGGAUCAUCAUCCUUUCUCCUAGCAUUUUGACCUGAACGAAAACAUCUGUUUUCUACUAUUUGCCCUGGUCCUCUUUUCGGAAAUGGCGGCUAUAACUUGGACACCGGGAAAUUUCUGAAGAUGACGAAGAAAGUGAUGUGGAGAAGCUAGCGGAUGGUGUUUAGGAUGAUGUCAGCUGUUUCUGUGUUCAACAUUUACGUCAGUUGAUGGUAUACUUUAUCUUACGUAGGCGUUAUGGAUGACUAUGAUGUAACAACUUUGGCUUUGAUUAAUUACUUCUGUCAGGAAAGAUACUUCAACCAUGUCCAAAUUACUGCUAAUGAAGGCCUUAAAAAGUAUGGAAAUGAUCCUGUCUAUAUUUUCUUUCGUGCUUAUGGAACCCUAAUGGAAGGUCGAAUUCAAGAGGCAAUUCAAGAAAUUGAUGUUAUUAAAGACCGGUCAGAUUUUUCACUGUGUUCCUUGAUGACUUUGAUAUAUGCUUACAGAAAGAGCUCUAAUCCAGAUCGUGAAGCAAUUCAGGAACUGGAAGCAAAACUGAAAGAAGAGCGCAAGUCAGCAGGACCAAAGGCUCUUUACUUUGCCGGAUUAUUGCUGUGGCAUCUUGGUCGACAUGAUAAAGCCCGAGAUUACAUUGACAGAAUGAUUAAAAUUUCUAAUGGUGCAAAAGAGGGGUUGACCUUGAAAGGAUGGAUAGACCUCACCUGUGGGAAGGAAGCUUAUGCUAAGAAGGCUGUUAAGUACUUUGAUGAAGGAAUGCAAAGUGAAAAGGAUAUUUUUGCAGUGAUGGGAAAGGCCCGAUAUUUUGAGAUGAGACGGAAUUAUUCAGGAGCUGUGGAUACUGUAAAUCAUAUUAUAGUGAAUGUCCCUGGCUUUCUCCCUGCAUUUGUAAUGAAAAUGAAGCUGCAGCUGGCCUUGCAGGACUGGGAACAAGCAGUUGAAACAGCACAGAGACUGUUACAGAAAGACAGCCAUAAUUUUGAAGCCCUGCAGAUACUGGCUCUAUAUUCCUUAUGUAGAGAAGGCAGUGUAACUGAGGCUGCAAACAGAAUAGGUGAUCUGAUCGUUGCACUGGAUCAUUUUGAACCUCAUAAUGCUGAACUCUUCUACAAAAUGGCAUUAGCAUUCAGCAGAGCGUGUGGACGGAAGCAGCAGGUUCUUCAACAGACACAGACUCUAGUUGAAAGAGCAGUUAGCUUGGACUCAAAUAAUUCUGAGCUGGCAACAGAACUUGGGUACCAAAUGGUACUACAAGGAAAAAUGAAAGAAGCACUUAAGUGCUAUAAAACUGCUAUGAAAUUGGAUGAAACAAGUGUCUCUGCAUUUACAGGUAUAAUCAGAUGCCAGCUGUUUGAAGGCCAGGAAGAAGAAGCAGAACAGCAACUAGAAUUCCUCAGUGAAGUUCAACAGUCUAUUGGAAAAUCUGGGGAACUUUCUUAUUUACAUGCCAUUUUAGCCAUAAAGAAGCAAAAAGGACAAGAUGAAAUUGUUAAUCUGUUAAGUGAUGCUGUGGACACUCACUUUUCUUCGCUUCAUGGCCUUCCUCUUGGUGUUCAGUAUCUUGAAAAAUUAAAUCCUGACUUUUUGUUAGAGGUUAUUAAGGAAUAUAUCAACUUUUGUCCAACACAAUCUCCAUCUUCAGGACAUGCAUCAUCUGGACUUCUCAGACACUGCACUUCAGUAUUAGAAACUAUGGUGAAGAUAGUACCAGGUCUACUUGAAGCUAUAUUUUUAAUGGCCAAAGUUAAAUAUUUUGCAGGAGACAUUGAGGCUGCUCAGAGUAGUCUUCAGCACUGCAUUGAACAAAAUUCCUCGUACCCAGAUGCUCAUCUGUUAAUGGCACAAGUUUACUUGUCUCAAAGAAAUUACAAACUAUGUUCUCAUUCUCUUGAGCUAUGUUUGAGCUAUAGUUUUGAGGUUCAAGAACAUCCUCUUUAUCAUUUAAUUAAAGCACAGCUGCAAAAGAAGUUGGGAGAAGUUCAAGAAGCCAUCAAGAUUCUGCAAAUGGCUAUGAAUUUUCCUGAAGUAAAGAGAGUCAGAAGUGCCACAAAAUCAAGUAACAAAAAGAUCACAGUCAGUAUGUUUGACAGAGUUUCCAUCUAUUUGGAAUUAGCAGAUGCGCAUAGUAUAAAUGGAGAACAGCAUGAAGCUGCUAAAGUAAUGCAAGAUGCCAUCAUUGAGUUUUCUGGUACAUCAGAAGAGUUGCGUAUUACCAUAGCCAAUGCAGAUCUGGCUUUGAUGCAAGGAGACACUGAAUUGGCACUUAGCAUGCUAAGAAAUAUUAUGCCAGAACAACCAUACUUCAUACAAGCCAAGCAGAAGAUGGCUGAUAUCUAUCUACAUCACAGAAAAGACAAAAGAUUAUAUUUGAGCUGUUACAGAGACUUGGUGGACAAGGUACCAGAUUCUCAUACAUAUCUCCUGUUGGGUGAUGCAUACAUGAAUAUUCAGGAGUUGAAGGAAGGAGUACAUCAGCUUAAGGGUGAUUUGACCAGGCUGAUUGAACUUUUGAUGCAAAAAGACGCUACUACUUUGAAUGUUGCUGGAGGAAACUCUGAGGUUUUACAGCCUAGCAUGAAUAUUCGUGAGGCUAACCAGGAAGGGAUGCGAGUUUCGAGCACCAUAGGCUCGUUGGGUCAUGUGACCGUGAGACUGGAAUCACAGCAGGCAGACAUAAUGACAGUAUAUGGACAGCAUUCUUCAUCAAGUGCUUGUUUUGCCUCUGUGAGUGGUACACAAUACAGAAACACACAAACGGAUGAGGCACGAGGAGGUCAGUCGCAUAGCAAAGGUACUGUGGCAACUCAAAAUGUUUACAUUUGUAAAGACAAAGGAGCUGUGUGUUCUCAAUUGUUAAUGGCAGCAGAGAGUGUCAAUAUGACUGCAAAUAAAGAAGAUGGCUUGAAGUUUAAUAAACUAAUAACUAAGCAAUUCAGUUUUGCUAAUUUAAAUAACAAUAAUGAGACAGUAUCCAGGGUUUUGGCACAUGAUGAUAGCAAAGAAUUUGGUUCAGUGAAGGACUUGAUUUUUUGUUUGGAAAAGAGACUUUUCAAAGUGAAAACACAGAUGGACAUUGCAUACCUAAACGAAUGUUUAGCUUUAAAGGUGGUCCCACAGGGACCUGGAUUGUAUAAAUUUCCUUUUGGCGUUUUUUAUGAUAGUGAAGAAAUUGGAGGGUUAGAUGUAAAAAUCAGGGAGGAUUUACUUUUCCCACAAUAUUCUAGUUUAUACUACAAGAUUUUGGAUAAAGUAGAAAAGAGGUUUAACAAUAUUUUUCAUAAUAAAAAGUGUAAAUUGGAACGUGCUUUAAAGCAGUGUCAAAAUAAACAGGUCUAUUUGAUCCCACAUACUGUAAAUCAAGCAAAUGUUAAUGCAAAAGAUUUGGAAGAGGUAGAACCUUUAAGUUAUAGUGAAGUAUUGAGGGACAACCAUGAAAACCAACAACUGAAGCUUUUGGCUCAGGGUUCCACGGCCAAAUCCAACUGCCCUGAUGAUCAACUGCUACUUAAGGAAAAAAUCAAAAAGGCACAUACUGAUCCUGUUGCUGUCCUGCAUCCACCAGUCAUCUCCAUUGGGUUGGAUGAAGAACCCGAGGACUGUCUUGUAUCAGUGUUAAUUCCCUCUGUUGUGACGCAGUUGGAGGCCAACAUGGAGCUGUCUACCCACACUUCCAACAAGGCUGUGCAUAUGUCUGGUGCAGCUGUAGAAGGGAAACCAUGUCUGAUUAUAUCUGAGGAGCUUAGGAGGAUUCCCCACAUAUUAGUUAGGGAAGAGGUGCCUGGUACCCUCAUCGAAUCUAGACAAGUGUCUGAACCACCUAGAUUUGUUAAAACAGAUGUGUCAAUAAGUAAGGAAGGAGGGAAACUUACAACUGAGGUAUUUCGUAAACCUUGUAGGAGGAAUAAUAUACUUCACAGAGACAGUAUGCAUCCUCCACAUGUGUAUAAGAAUGUUAUUAAGAACCAAGCAGCACGUUUUUCAAAAAUUACUAGUGAUGAUUUAAUGUUUACAGAAGCUAUUAAAAAUAUGGAGGAUGAAUUCACAGUUAGAGGCUAUCACAAGAGGGAACUUAGUGGGCUUUUUAGCACAGAACGUGAUGGGAAGGACAAACCAUAUAUAAACAACUCAGUACCUGAAGCACCUCACACGACCUUGGAUAUACUGUUUGCACCAAAUGGAAGCUCAAAAACAUCUAGGCCUGAAUCUUCAGCUGACCAGUGUGAUUUGGAUAUUUCCAUUGAGAUACAGCAGGAAUCUGCUGUACAUCCCACAUCUUUUCAGAUACCUGCUACUGUGACUCUACCAGAAGCUAGUAUGAUGUUUGCUUCCUGCAUUUCUGAUGAGACUGAGCCUACAGUGAUAGUAGAUAAGGGGAAAGCUAGGGCAGUCAAUUAUUAUGAAUCUGCUGUAAAGAAUGGUCAGCAAAAUUUUCUGCGCUAUGACUUGGCAGAGCUCCUUUUGAAACUGAAACACUAUGAAAAAGCUGAAAAAAUUCUACAACAGGCUUUACACAGUGAAACUGGGAAUGACCUCCCUGUCCUCAUGGAAAAUAGUCGAUAUUUCAUUCUUCUAGCAAAAAUCUAUAAGAAAAUGGAAAACAUAGAAGAAUCAAUUUCUUACUUGCAGCAAGGUCGAGAGGUACAAGCACGUGUACUUAAGAAGGUUCAGCUGGAGCAGCCAAGUAUAGCACCUGCCCAAAAGCAGUUUGCUGCUGAAAUAUGUGCAGAGAUUGCCAACCAUUUCACAACUCAGCGUGACUAUGAACAAGCUAUUAAAUUCUACAAAGAAGCACUUGUUUAUUGCGAAACUGAUAACAAGGUAAUGUUGGAACUUGCACGACUCUACCUUGCCCAAGAUGAUAUUAAUGCAUGCCAACAUCAGUGUGCACUGAUACUGAAAAAUGAUGCAGAUAAUGAAGCAGCAACAAUGAUGAUGGCUGACAUUAUGUUUAGGAAACAAGAUUAUGAACAAGCAAUUUAUCAUGUUCAGCAACUUCUGGAAAACAAGCCAGACAACUAUCCAAUACUUUCACGUUUGAUUGAUCUUCUGAGAAGAGCAGGGAAGCUUGAAGACGUUUUCCGAUUUCUUGAAGUGACUGAGAAGCAUUCCUCUAGAGCAAAUCUAGAUCCAGGAUUCAAUUACUGCAAGGGACUUUAUCUGUGGUACACAGGACAACCAAAUGAUGCACUUCGCCACUUCAAUAAAGCUCGUAAAGACAGUGACUGGGGUCAAAAUGCAGUCUAUAAUAUGAUAGAGAUUUGUCUGAAUCCAGAUAAUGAUACUAUUGGAGGAGAGUUAUUUGAAAAUAUAGAUGGUGAUAUAGGAAACUCCACAGAGAAACAUGAGUCUGAGCAGCUUGCAGUAAGAACAGCAGAAAAACUUUUAAAAGAGCUUAAACCACAGACAGUUCAAGGACAUGUUCAGCUGCGCAUCAUGCAAAACUAUUGCCUUUUAGCAACCAAACAAAAAACAAAUGUUGAACAAGCCUUGAAUGCCUUUACUAACAUAGCAACAGCUGAGAAAGAUCAUGUACCAGCACUCUUAGGAAUGGCUACUGCAUACAUGAUUCUAAAACAAACCCCACGGGCCAGAAAUCAGCUGAAAAGAAUUUGUAAAAUGAACUGGAAUGCAAUUGAUGCAGAGGAGUUUGAAAAAAGCUGGCUGCUCCUUGCUGAUGUCUAUAUCCAGAAUGGGAAGUAUGAUAUGGCAGAGGAACUCUUACGACGAUGUCUUCGUCAUAACAGGUCCUGCUGCAAAGCUUAUGAAUAUAUGGGAUACAUUAUGGAAAAGGAACAAGGAUAUAGGGAUGCAGCAUUGAAUUAUGAAAUGGCUUGGAAAUUUGGAAACCAAACAAAUCCUACCAUAGGAUACAAACUGGCUUUUAACUAUCUUAAGGCAAAGAGAUAUGUUGACGCAAUUGAUAUAUGCCAUAGGGUGCUCACUACCCAUCCAAACUACCCAAAGAUGAGGAAAGAUAUUUUGGACAAAGCUCGAGCAGCCCUAAGGGCUUGAGUGUGCAUCAGAAUUAGACGUUGAACAUCUUACAUUAGCAUCUGGACAUUAGGAAGGCAGUACAUCUUUCAGAACUUUUGGAAUAUUCUCAACAUAAAAAUUAUUUCUGACUAACUGCCACUGCUACUGUCCAUUUGAAGCCUAUGGUUUCAGAAGGAAACUUAGUUAUAACAGUAUUUCCUUUGUAACUUGGAUAUGAUUCAGUUCCUCAACAACUGGUUGCAAGCAGAUCAUGUCUGAGAGACUGUUUGUUAUUUGCAGCUAUACUGAUUUGAAACGUUGGAACUAGUGUUAAUUCUAGUAUUUAGCACUAUGUUAGCAUCCAGGGGGUGGGGUGGGGGAGUUUCGUAAUGUGGGAUGCAAGAAGUAGGAUUGCAAUAUACAGAACCAGAAAACACACUCAUUAUGAGAGAACAACAUUCCAAGAGGUGUUGCAGUGUCAUUAUUGAUACUUAUCUCCGGGCCACGGGG